UAAUUAUGCCACUUGCUGUCACCUUAAAUUGUUCUUGCUAAUGAACAAGAUACACAGUCAAUUUUCAACUUCAAGUCGCAAUGUCUCGUAUGAAUGGGUUAGCCCGAAGACUCUAUCUUGGCAGGGACCUGCGAGGAUCCCUCCGACGUCCAGCCCGCUGCGGCUUCUCCACUACUGCCACACGCCCGUUGAUGGAACUGACUGGCUUUACGGAGAACCAACUGACCGUCCGAGAUGCCGUAUCGGCCGUCUGCGUCAAAUUCCCCAACACCUACUGGCAAGAGUGUGAUCAGAACGAGCGCGAUCCAAAGGAGUUCCACGCCGCCCUCGCUCAGGACGGAUGGCUAGGCAUUGCGCUACCAGAGGAACUGGGGGGUGCUGGACUCGGCAUUUCGGAAGCAACGAUGAUGAUGCAGACCAUUACUCAAUCGGGCGCAGGUAUGGCCGGCGCCCAGGCCAUCCACGCUAACGUGUAUGCGACACAACCGCUGGCUCGGUUCGGUACGCGUGAGCAGCUGGAGGAGACGAUCCCCAAGAUCAUCAACGGCACGUGGCGGACGUGUUUCGGUGUGACGGAGCCGAACACGGGUCUGGAGACGCUGAAGCUGAAGACGCUGGCGACCAAGAUUCCCUCUCGUGAUGCCUACUCGGUGACCGGGCAGAAGAUCUGGAUCACCUGUGCGCAGGUGGCCGCGAAGAUGAUCCUUCUAGCGCGAACUACACCGCUGGAGGAGGUGACCAAGCCGACCCAGGGCCUGUCGCUGUUCUGCAUCGACUUGGACCGCGAUCAGUCCGGUCUGGACAUGCGCAAGAUCAAGAAGAUGGGUGGCCGCGCGGUGGACGCUAACGAGGUGUUCUUCGACCAGUAUACCAUCCCGGCGAAGACGCUGAUCGGGCAGGAGAAUGACGGGUUCCGCAUCAUCCUGCACGGCAUGAACGCGGAACGGUGUCUGCUGGCCGGCGAGGCCCUGGGAUUGGGCUACGCGGCGCUGGAGCGCGCAGCGCAGUACGCCCAGGAGCGAGUCGUCUUUGGCCGGCCGAUCGGGCAGAACCAGGGCAUCGCGCACCCGCUGGCGGAUGCGUACAUGAAGCUCGAGGCGGCCAAGCUGGCCACCUACCAUGCGGCGCGUCUCUACGAUGCAUCGCACCAGGACGAGAGCAUCCCCGCGCACUCGGUGGGUGUGGCCUGCAACAGUGCGAAGUACCUGGCGGCCGAAGCGGCCUUUACCGCGUGUGAGCGGGCGGUGCUCAGCCACGGUGGAAUGGGUUACGCGAUGGAGUACGACGUGGAGCGCUACCUACGCGAGUGUCUAGUUCCUCGAAUCGCACCGAUCAGUCGGGAAAUGAUCUUGAACUACGUGAGCGAGAAGGUUUUGCAGCUGCCUCGGAGUUAUUGAGGGGGGGAGGGCAAACAGAUUGAGUUUGUUUACAGUACAUAUCAGACAUAUCAUAAAUUGACGACACGAGAAGGGCUUUGGCCUUUGUGCGGUGACAGGGCCUAGAUUUUGUUGUUGCAGGAUCUGGCCUGAAGAUCGUCGUUUUUUUUUGUUGCUGUCGCGCAGUGUUUGCUGCUCUCGGAUGCGGCGCAUUGCAGGCAUAGUCCUGUUUCCGGCAGUUUGAAUAGAAAGCGUUCUCCCAAUCGCAGCACUGAUUGGUACUGGAACAGAAAAAAAGCAAAAAAUGGCGCAUUAAAAAAAAUUCGAGCUCUCC